AUGGCCACCGAAGCUGAAACUGAAGCUGCUGUGACAGUUGCUGCAACUGCUGUAGGGAAGGAUGCUGAAAGAUUGCAGCAGAUGAUUUUAAAUUUUGACGCGGUACAGAUGCGUGAAAUAUUUUGGGAUGUUGAUGCAGAACAGGGCAUUGGAACUGUUUGCUAUGAGGCGCUUGACCUUUUACGUUCGAUGACUGAUGAAGAAAAGGCGAAAUGCUGUCGAGACCUGGUUCAGAAUCUGUUGGACAAAGAAAACCCAAGAUAUGUUCACAUUGAACGGAUUUUAACAAAGCUUUUUAUAGCUGCAUAUGAACGAGAAGUUAUUAGCUUACCUGAAUGUUGUGAGCUUCUGGUCACUUGCACGGACUUCACGCUGCGUCAUCCUAUUGAUGCUAAGAAGUUUGAGUUUGUACAAUCGAAGUUGCACUUAAUAGAUUAUAAGGGACUUCGAAGUAUCCUUAAACUGCUAGUCGUUGAUCGGAUGCAGGAAAUGCCGUCUCAAAUAUCGCAUUACCAUAGACAAAUGUUACUUCCUGUGGAAAAUAGAGUUGCGAAAAAAUUUAAUGAGUUAUUUAUCUCAUUCCGUCCGCUAGCCGAAAUGGUAGUUGUAAUUGGACGUCCAUGGUUGUUCCCAAUAUCAACGCACAUAUCUUUUGUUCUAAUUGCUAACUCGUGGAAACUCGAACCAGUGUCGACAAGAAUACAUCAGCGUGCUCAUCUUCCGUACAGGUCGGAAUUAUUUGCUCCGCAGUCUGCACUGCUGUAUACGCUUUUGAGGCAACCACGUGGAAAGGAAGCUAUGGCGUGGGUUAUAAGACCGACUAGUAAUGCUCCUAGACUGCAGUGUGAUGAACUGUUACAAAUGAUCAUCUUGGAAGCAAUGAGUGAAAUGGAGAAAACCGACGUUCGUGUUGAUGAUGCUGUAAAUCAAUACCAGUGGAUGAAUAUUACUCAAACCGUUACAUUUUCACUAAUCCAAGGACAUGCUUCAUUUUCUCGCUUGUUAAAGAUCUUAUACGAAUCGUUAACGGAAACAGUUUAUCGCAAAGGGAGAGCUGAGCUCAUGUGGAUCAUUUUGCAAUAUGUUGCCAUUUUCCUCUCCCAGAUAACUACCGAGGAUAUGCAGAGGAUUGCUGACAUUUAUAACCUGUUAUACAAAGGAGAAGAGGCGUUUUGGGGUGUGGAUACAGAUCCUUUGUUCUUUGUAAGAAUUUUUGUUCCUGCCGCUAUAUGGAUCAAUUUUUAUACAAAAGAUGUAGCAACGACUCCGAAGCCUUCAGAGUCAUUGCAAAGCCAAAUCCAGUUCUUGAAGCAAACUGCUGAAGCAGAUCAAAAUCCUGCUUUGAAAAAUGUCGCUGAUCACAAUGCAGUGCUGGCUGCUGUUGCAAACGCAUAUAGCAACGACAUGGAAACUUUCAAGAAACUUGUUCUUGACAAUGUCGAAUCUUUUCUGGACUGUAAAGCUGAUGAAAGAGAACAGCUGCCUUAUAUGGUAAUGUGUCACGGCAGACGGGUACCACUGUCGUUAAUUCUCAUCGAUUCAUUAACGAUACAUUCGCGUUAUCGGCUGUUGCAAAUGUUGUUAUUGAAGAUACACUCUGUCAUUGAUAUGACACCACCACUGAAGUAUCCAAGCCCUGCAGUCGUUGACACUUUGGCGCGUCUGGCUGCAACCACUGAUUAUGAAUAUGCAGCAAAACAACUAGUGUUGGUAAUGACUCGUACUUUGGAACAGCUGAAUCAGAUGAAUCCUAACGAUCCUGCUGGAGAGACAAACCGUGCAAAAGACCUGCUGUACAUUUUCUGCGAAAUAUUCUCGUACUGUUUGGUCAACAGUCCAUAUCCCUUGACGCAUAAGGCAACCUUUCUUCAUACUAGUUAUGUGGCUUUGAGUAACAGUGUCGUUCAUAUGAGCGGGGCCUUGUAUGCUGCUUUUGAACAAGUUCUUUUGCGUUUCUGGAUGUGGAACUGCCCUCACGAAAUGUUUAUUUUGAGUAAUCAGCUUAUUGGAAAACAAGGGAAACUUGCAUACUUGAUUACUUCUCCUGAUACCUUUAAUGAUUUCCAGCCUGGCAAUUUUAAUGACAGGUCUGUAAAUAUUUCGCCAGAGCUGAUGCGUUGUCUUCUCCUUUCCUUCUUCCGUGCUUUGAAAAUUACAGGACUGGAACUUCAAACUGAGGUUCUGCAAAGGAUUAACAAAAACUUUGUCUGGCCGCGAUCAACUAGUCAGACUUUCGCAGCCCAAAUCCCGAAUUGUACUAUCGAUGAUGGGACAGAUUUUGCUCAAAUGGAUGAGUUAUGUCGCUACGUUGCACAAUUUUUGUACGCGAAUUCUGAAGAACAAAUAGUGAAAUACUUUAAUGAGGAUCGGAACAUGAAUAAUUUAUUCUGCGUUAUCUACUUGCUGAUUUGCGAAACGAAAAAGUGCUACCCUGUAUUUUUCAGCAUUCUCAAAAACUCGAACGCUAAGCAAAUAGUUAUCAUGACAAACAAGUUAGCUGACUAUGUGAUUCAUACUACGAAACGAAUUCCUCCGUCGGAUGAUGCUACUUUUACAACGAUGAUUAGCGCUCUUAACGAAAUGCUUUUCAAUUACCACCUUGUAUCCUUUGAGAAAUUUUUACUUUCUUUUGUAUUGCAUCCGACAGAUGACGACUCGACUCAAGCGGCUUUUGUGAUUAUUCAUUCUAUGGUGACUUUUGACAAGGAUAGGCAAGCACAGCGAAAAUACGUGAAGGUUGCUUCUUUUUGCGAUCUCAAUAACCGCCUUGCAUUCUUGUUUCAUAUAGUUCCAUCGAACAAACUCAUAAGCAAUAACUCAGUUUUCUUCGCAAAGUUAGCUGAGUACUACUCGCAAUUUCCUGAACUAACGUACAGCGAGAUGGAGAUGAAACUGAGGUAUGAAAUGCGUUUAGAUAUGAACAUGAGGAGACUGGAACAACAGUCUUUUAUCCAUUAUGGGGAACAUAUGCCUAUUUAUUACGGAAAUUUAGCUGAAAGGAUUUUACCUGUCGUUGACGUGCUAUUAUUCCGAGCUUUGGAAAUUGGUAUUGCUGAUGAAAUAUUUGAUAACCUGCUCUCAAAGUUUAAAACAUGCUACAAAUACCAUCCGCAACCUGCCAACUUCUUGUAUAGUGUUCUUUAUUGUUUGUACAAAAAAUUAGGUCACACUCCUCGAGCACAAAAGUUUGUUUCGGAAAUUUGUAGUCAAGUAGAGGAAAGAGACGGUAGUAACCAAUUGGUUAGUCGGGUAGACCAGAUUUUGAGUCCUCCACAGUUGUGUAUGUCACUAGUGGACCGUAUACUUCAAGGCACCAACUAUCCUCACCAGCCGCCUUCAUUUGCCUGCAAGGACUGGCGUUUUGCAGAAUUGCCUCCUGCUGGUCAGGCACUUACUGGGGCUUGCAUAGAGUUGAUGGCUUCACAGUAUCAUCCGAAUAUUACCGUUAGAGAGUUAAUAGAGAUCGCUUUUGUACGACCGCUUCGCCAGCCUUACGCUGCUAUAAAUGCUAUCAGUCUCAUAUUAACCUCUUUGCCGCCUUCAUUCCAGCAAAGGUUCUUUGACCAUAUUGUAAGCGUUGUUGCGUCAAAAGAAUUAAGAGAUGGUGACCCUUCGAUUUGCUUUGAAAAUUUAGAAGGUGAGUGUUUCUUACUUACUGAAAGUUAUCUGAUGACGAACCUUGCUUUGUGCCAUGCUUACCUGCAACACUGCACUAACUAUUCUUUGAGUGUGUUACCUGAUUUUGUGAAAGAUCAUUUGGUCCCGAUUUUGGAGACAGAGACGCAGUUAUUAUUCGUUCUUAGACUUGUUUUGCCGAUACUUCAGCGUCUUUACGAUGCUAAAGAAAGAAACAAACAGUUGCAAGAUUUGGCGGUUGAUGUUUAUAAAAUGACUGUGAAAGUUAAUGAAAUGGUCGGGCGAUUUAAAUAUGAAGAUACGGUGUGUGAUUUCUUGUAUCACAUGAAGUACAUGUACGUUGGGGAUUUCAUCAAAAGUGAAGCAGAACAAGCAAUCCAGAAGUUAACUUCAUCAAUGCGUGAAAAACUUGUGUACAUUUCCCACAGCCAAGCAAGUGCUGCAGAUGCUGCCAAGACUUUACGUCACCCUCACGGACGAGUUGCAAUUGGUCGUAACUAG